CUGGCAGCGGGAAGUUUCAGUUCGACGAGGGCUCGGUCCGGGUGUUCCUUCAGCGGAUCUGUGGAGUUUUCUGGGUUGCGGCAUUGUUGUGGAUCCAGAAACUGCUUCAGGAUGCCGGUGUCACGUUUUGCCACUCGUCUUCGGAAAGAUUCGAGCAUUGAAAUGAUCAGAACCUGCUUGGCUCACAGAAAGUCACUGUCUCAGAAGGAAAACAGACACAGGGUGUAUGAGCGAAACAGACACUUCGGUUUGAAGGAUGUCAAUGUUCCACUGGAAGGGAGAGACCUCGGUAAUAUACAUGAGACAUCGCAAGACCUUGCUCCAGAAAAGGCCAGCUCCAGAACAAAGUCAGAGAAAAUAGUUCUGAGUGAGCAACGGAAGCAGCUCCUUCAGAAAUACAAAGAAGAAAAGCAGCUUCAGAAACUGAAGGAGCAGCGAGAGAAAGGCAAGCGCGGGGUGUUCAAAGUGGGUCUGUACAGGCCCGCCGCGCCCGGCUUCCUCGGCGCGGACCUGAGGGCUGUGAAGGCCGAGCCAGAAAAGGCUUUUCCAUAUACUGGGCGGAUUACAAGAUCGAAGGCCAAAGAACAUAUGGAGCAGACUAAGACUAGUGAUAGCAAGAAGGUUCCUCAAGCAACCCAAUUUGGCCAAAGACAAGUUUCUGAAAAAAAACCAUUAGACAGAGAUAAAAAAGUUGUGCAGCCCAUGGCUUCCACGGCAGGGAAAGCAACUGGAUCAGCAGCUUCUCAGAGGGCCAAGCAGAUGGGCCACACAGUGUCAUCUACCACAAGAAAGCCAGUCACAAGAGCCACUAAUGAGAACGCAUCAGAAAGAAUGGGACCAAGUAGAGGGAGACCUGCCAUAAAAUCGGAUGGCAAGCUGGACAAGGUCAUUUCUUCCAAAGUCGAGCGUGAAGAAAAGCGUUUGGAUUUGCAGAUCAGCAUGACAAAUCAGCUGGAUACGGGUAGAGUCCUGCAAGAAGCGGAAAGCUUACCUGAGACAGUCCCUGCAAAAGGGAAAGAGAGGAAGUCCUUUGCCCCCCAGCACUGUGUCUUUCAGCCCCCGUGUGGUCUGAAGACCUACAAAGUGGCUCCCCUGAGUCCUCGAAGUGCCAACGCUUUCUUGACACCCAAUUGUGAUUGGAACCGGUUAAGACCAGAACUCACUACAACUCAAGACAAAGCAAAUGAAAUCUUGGGACAGCCAGAAUUGGACUCACUACCAUGUGGUAGUAAAGAACAUGGCUUAAAUCAGAAGGAUGCUUCUACUUCAAAUUCAGGUCACCUUUCAGUGACAGGAGACACGGCAUUUACAGUGAGUGAAGGUCCAACGUCCCAGCCCCCACAUGACGUGCCGUACUUCAGAAGAAUCCUCCAAUCAGAAACUGACAAGCUCACCUCACAUUGCAUGGAGUGGGAGAGGAAGCUGGAGCUCUGCAUUCCUGAUGAUGCUAAAGAUCUUAUCCGUACAGCGAUUGGUCAAACAAGACUCCUUAUCAAGGAGCGAUUCAGACAGUUUGAAGGACUGGUGGACAACUGUGAAUAUAGGCGUGGUGAGAAGGAGACCACCUGCACAGAUCUGGAUGGAUUCUGGGAUAUGGUUAGUUUUCAGGUCGAUGACGUGAACCAGAAGUUCAACAACCUGAUCAAACUUGAGGAGUCGGGAUGGAAAGACAACAAUAAUCCAAGCAAAAAAGUCCUCAGGAAGAAAAUUGUGCCUGGUAGAACAAGCAAAGCGAAGCAGGACGACGAAGGGCGAGCGGCAGCUAGGAGUCGGCUCGCCGCCAUAAAGAACGCCAUGAAAGACAGGCUGCGGCAGGAAGCGCAGUCCCACCCGGCAGCCCCAGGGACCCCGAGGGAAGUUGACAAAAUCGUGUUUGAUGCUGGGUUUUUCAGAAUCGAGAGCCCUGUGAGGUCGUUCUCAGUACUGUCUUCUGAGCGUCAUUCUCAAAGAUGUGGAACACCUGUGUCUGCCAGCAAAGUUGUGUCUGAGGGUAGAGCUGCAGGGGACCUUCUGAGACAGAAGACGCCACUGAAGAAGCCCGACCCUCAGAGCAGAGAGAGAGAGCAGAUUGAUCAGACGUUUUCAGAUCGCCUCGAAAGCAGGCACAGCCAAGUAGAAGACCCCCCGUGUCCUGGAAAACAAGACUCAAGUGACUUAGAGCAUCCAGGCACCAGCCCCUGCACUCGGGAGGAGACCAGCCAGCAAGAUCGUGGCAGACAGUUCUCCUUUGGAGGUGACCUCAUUGUCUUCUCACCACUGAGACCCUGAAGAGAACACCAGGAGGGGUUUAAUUUAAAAAUAACUGCAAACAUUCUCUUCUUCACAUUGUUAAUUCUCUGAUACAUUCUUAUUUGAAACUAUCCACUGGUAUUCACUUCUGUUUGAUCUGUUUAUAUUGCAUUACACAGUAUUAUAAUGUGCCCUGUUCGUGGAGACAGAUUUUAAUUAUGAUACUGUAAAAACCCUGUAGGUUAUUUAAAAUAUUAAAGGUGAAAUAAGGUUUUGCAUCUGCACCCUCA